GUAUCCCCUUGCACGGUGCCUCGCUCUAUAGGAAUGGCGGAUGUGCUUCCGUGUUCGGUGCGGAUGCGGGUGGUCGCAUGUGCGUAUAGGUUGCGGACUGCGCGGAUCAGGUCCGUUGGCAGCCCAAGGUCAAACAUAAUUUGUAGUAAUCGGUCCUGGUCGAUUGUGUUAAACGCGGAGCUAUAGUCCACGUAUACCGCAUAGACAUCUUUUCCAAACAGUGCGGCAUCCUCAAGGGCAUGUACUAAAUUUAGGACCUGCCUUUCGGUGUUGCAGUAGGCACGGAAGCCUUCCUGCACUUCACUGAAUAGCUGGAGGGGGCCAGCCAGUUCGCCAAUGCCCAAGUGGAGGUUGCGCUUCAUGCCCGAUGGCAGGAUACGGAGCAGUUCGUUUGGUAUGCCGUCAGGGCCUGUCGCCUUGUUUCUGGAGAGGGCGCGUGGCCAGGGUAUGUUGCAGCGCUGUGGCAGCGGCCGCUCGCUGGGCUUUGGCGCGGUCCGCCACUAGCUGGCGGUGCUCGGCCUGGCAGGCCUUUAUUUCGUUCCGCAGCUUUGCCGCCGCAUUGGCGGCGUCUACCUCAGGUAGGGCCUGGGGCCCUUGCGUGAGGUUUGUCAGUUGUGUCUUCAGGGCCACUUCCUUGUCCCAUAGGGGCUUUAGCACCCGUGCGGUGGAGCGUGAUGCGUGGUGUUUGCCAGUGAAGGGGGCUUUCCGGGUGCACUCUUCAAGGAGGCAUGUUAGCCCGGUGUCCAGUGCGGAGGCAAGUUGUUCUGCAAGUUGGUUGAUAUCGGCCUUCUGGAUGCUCGUGUCCUGCGCCAGGUCUCGGUGCAUGACGCUGGCGGGGUAGCCUGUGGGGUCCAUGCUGUGCCUUGUGAGUGCAUGUUCAAUUGAUUGCGUUGCCUGCCUUGUUGCGGAAUGCAGGUCGGCUGUUGCUUCCACAAGGGCUUCCUCAAGGCGGAUAGCUGCGGCGGCCAGUUGCUUUUGUGUGACAGGCAGUGCGACCUCGGCCCAUCGUUGUUGGGUCUGCUGCUGGGGGGCUGGGUUCCGGGCGCCGGCCUGUGGUGCCGUCCAUAGCUGUAGGUCCGCGGCUAGUAACUCUGCGUGGACUGGUUUGUGGUCAAAGUUGCCUGCAACUGUACUGGUGUAUUCACGCGCUUCUGUGCAUGCAGCGCGCGUGGCAGGGCAUAGGAGGAUGUCAUCGAUGCGACUGUGGUAUGGGGCCAUGCCCGGGCGUGUUUGUUCAUAUGACCAUUCGGCAGUGGUAGUGGUGUCUCCGCGGAUAGGGCGCAGGCCACUAUCGGCAAGGAACCGCUGGUGGGCCCAGUCCGCCGUGUCGAUGGGGCUGUCCCGCUCAUGUGCUCGGGCGACGGCAUUAAAGUCUCCCGCGGUGACUAGGUGGUGUCCGCACGCGUCCGCCCGGACCACCACCUGCUGACAGUAUGUGUAGAUUGCCUUGCGGGUUUGCAUGUCUUCUGGUGCGUAGAUGCCCAGUACAGUGAGAGGCGUGCUCCCGGGGGUCUUAAUUUGAACGUGUGACACAUAGCCAUGGAGUGUUGGUGGGGGCGUGUGGUGUGUGACACAGCCGAGGUCACUGUACCGGGCGGAGAUGGCCACCGCUACGCCAGCGCUACCGCGCGCUGUGGCCGCGCGGGGAGUAGUGCUACAGUAGAGGCGGUAUCCUUCAUUUCGGAAGGCUCGCUUGAUUGAGUCAGUCUUCCCUGUCAGUUUUGUCUCGGUUAGGACAACUAUGUCGGCUUUCCACUGGGCUAGGUUGCAGAGGGUGAAGCUGAGGUUGCCGGGUUGGCCGGUGGACAGAAUUUCUGAGAGCAGUCCCCGUACAUUGUGGGUCACGAUGUGUAGGGUGGUGUUGCUGCUGGGGGGUCUCGUGUUUGUGUGUGCCUGGUUGGGUUCCAUGUGAGCGUGGUUGCGUGCAGUGGGCCGUACUAGCCAGUUAAGGAUAGUUUGUCGGGUGCCUGUCGUGUUGAGUCGGGGUGCUAUGCCGGCAUUUGCAUUGUGUGGCUGCGCGGGUGCGGUAGUGUGGGGUGCUGCAUGCUGUGGCGCCCUGUGUGCUGCCCGCAGCGGUGAGUUGUCCUGGGCAUGUUGAGCUGGCUCUGGUGCCGGCCUUCCUGUGGCGGCGGGCCCUGUCUGCACGGGUCUGGUGGCCUCCAUGUGGGGUGGCGGGCGUGGUGGCGGGACGAUCUCACGGAGUUGCCCAAGUGCGUCCUGAAGUGUUGCCGUGUCAGAUGCACGCACCGCGUCAAGGCACCAGACCUCCCCAUCAAGUGUGUUCCAAGUGUUGUCGUGUAAGACCGUGUUGUGGAUUCCUGGGGUGUUGCUUAAGCAACCGACUUGUGGGGGUGGGGUGGGUUUGGGCGGGGCGAGUGCGUAGCGCUGGUGUUUCUUUUUCUGGCGCGCGGUGGUGGUGGUUCUUGCGGUUAGGCUGUGGUGUAGGUUGGUGCUUGGGUUAGGUCUGGCGGUGUUUUU